AUUAUGUGUUGCUUAUGUAGUUUCUCAAUUUCUCUAGAUAUGGGUUCUUGGGAAGAGCUAGCUAGGCAGUUUUUGUUGGAGGAAGAAGAAGACGAUGAGGAGUUUUUCUUUAUUCUUCUCCCUACUAUACUUCCAUUCCUCUCUGAAGAGAAAAGGUCUAUCCAUACCUCCUCUCUCUCUGGUGCCCAGAAGGUUAAGGAGAUUCUUGAAGGGCAUGAGAGUUGGUGCAAGUCCGAGAACGGAAUGGAGCCAGAAAUAUUUAGAGCCACAUCAGAAUUCCUUAGAAGAGAGGGUUUGUUACGUGAUACACGAGGUGUUAACGUCGAAGAGAAGCUUGGGAUGUUUAUGUAUAUGAUCUCCCACAAUGCCAGUAACCAAAUGCUUCAAAAGGCUUUCCAACAUAGUGGAGAGACUAUCCAUCGAAAAAUAUCAGAAGUUUUCGAUAUAGUUCCCACUCUAACUCAGCGAUCCGUGAAGCUUCCCAAUUCUAUCCAGACGCAUCCAAAAUUUAUAACAGAUUCUAGGUUCAUGCCCCUUUUCAGGUGA